AUGUCGACUUCGUCUGGAUCGACCAGCCUUUCACCUACGUCCACGCCGCAGGUCCAUUGGCUGCCCUGGAAGCAGUGGGAGACCAUUGGUGUCAAUAUAUCUCGGGUACCUGAAGAAGCAAAUACCCAAGUCCUAUGGCAAGCCUUUUCGAAGGAAGGAAAUAUCUGUUCCAUCGAUAUCUUCGAUGACCGCCAUGGAAACCAAGGCUCAAAAGGCCGGAUCCGUUUCAGACCUCCUCCAGCAGAUUCCUUCUGGCGAAGUGGGAUUUAUGAUAUCCGUCUGCCCAGCAGGCGCAUCGCCACUCUGGUCGUGGCACUGGAUCUCAGCCCACCAAGUCAUUUCCUGAGAAGUCCAAGCCGCGAGGAUGCACUGUAUCCCAGGGAAUGUCAAGAGCUGCCAUGCAAGAGGUUUGAUGUUGGGGUCCUCCUGGACGAAUCCACCACAUGCGCGAUGCGCACUUUCCACCAGGAGGCAAAUACUAAGGUGGUGGUGGAUGUUCGAUCAAAGGUAUUACAUGCCUACUUCAGCGUGACCGUACAUGAAACUCGACCGUUUGUCUCUGGCGCACCGGAAGUCAGUCCGUCCACCUUCAGGUUGAAGAUCCCCUUCCUCCAGCUCGCGCAAGUGUGGGAGACUCAUGAGUCAGACUCUGAUGAAGUGUCUCUCAUCAUUAUCCUGGACUCUCCCCCAAUCUAUCAUCGACAGUCCACGAAUAUUCUGGAUACUUUUAGUACUAAUACCAGCUGGCGAGACACGGAUUUGUGGCAGCGUCAAACAUGCAUUGCCCACAACAUCGGGGCUCACGUCCAGGCCAAAACCAAUCUACGCAGAUCAGGUCAAAUUGUCGAUCUCGGCAGAUGGAACGUUUUCAAGUUUACGUUCUCCACCAGAAGCCUCCUCGAGCAAGACUACAAGCUCUUCAUUGAGAUGUUGAAAGACCACAAUAUCUUCAUCAAGAAUGGAAAACAUUUCAGAACCAUAACGGAGCGCCCUGACCCUGUCUGGCGCUGGAUUGACGUGGUCGACUCCAAAACACAGUUCCGUUCAACCCUGGAAGAAAUGGCUCAUACCGAUUAUAUCUACCUUCCAUUCAAUGUUCGGUACCAACUGGAAGUCUGUCUUUCUCAUGGGUAUCUCUCUGAGUUCACGAUGUCGCGUAAAUUCGUUCUGAGUCUCGAGGGACUGGGAGCUGCUUCAGCUGUAAGACUCCUAGAGCACGUUGCCACGAACAAAGAGCAGUAUCUCGACCCAAUGGAGAUUUUCAAGAUCCGCUAUCCGAAAGGUAUCUCUGACUCCAUGAUUCCUACUUACUGCUGCUUCAUGCGCACCGCGCGGAUCACGCCAACGACUGUUCACUACAACACUCCCACCAUCGACACCUCGAAUCGGGUGACACGUAACUACCAGGAGUACCUUGAUCGCUUUCUCCGCGUUCGGUUCACGGACGAAAAGACUCACGGUCGCAUUUAUUCAAAUGCAUUCAAGUCCAAUGACGAGCUCUUCGCUCGGGUUAAGAGAACCUUGACAAACGGUAUCAUCAUCGGCGACCGUCACUAUGAGUUUUUGGCCUUUGGUAACUCUCAAUUCCGUGAGCACGGUGCUUAUUUCUUCGCUCCAACUGCCAAUCUCACAGCUGCUCAUAUUCGUGCCUGGAUGGGUCAAUUCAAUCACAUCCGUAAUGUCGCACGAUAUGCUGCACGGUUGGGUCAAUGUUUCUCAACAACACGUGCUCUUGCUGGAUGUAUGGUCACCGUCAAACAAAUUCCUGACAUAAACCGCAAUGGGUAUUGCUUCUCUGAUGGCAUUGGAAAGAUCUCGAAAUUCACGACUAGAGUACUCUCGGCGGAAAUGGGAAUCUCUGAUCCCUAUGGCGAGCCUCCUUCAGCUUACCAGUUUCGGCUGGGUGGGUGCAAGGGCAUGUUGACAGUUUCAUCCGACCCAAUCGCUUACGACGUGCACAUUCGUCCAAGUCAAAUCAAGUUUGAAGCCGAACAUAAGCGACUGGAGAUUAUUCGAUGGUCGCAGUUCUCUGCUGCGACUCUCAAUCGCCAACUGAUCUUGGUUCUAUCAGCGCUGCGCAUUCGAGGCCAAGUCUUUCUCGAUAGGCUCAAUACCAUGCUAGAGAGCAUCAGAUAUGCCAUGGGUAGUGACAGGCAGGCAAUUGAAUUGCUUGAGAAGUUUAUCGAUCCUAACCGGAAGACGCUAGCAUUAGCGGAAAUGGUGUCGGCUGGGUUCCGAAGGACAAAUGAGCCUUUUGUCAGUUCCCUGCUCGCUCUGUGGAAAUCCUGGCACCAGAAAUAUCUCAAGGAAAAAGCGAAAAUUUUGGUUGAGAAGGGUGCAUCACUUCUGGGUGUUCUCGAUGAAACAGGAACUCUCAAGGGUCACUUCGAGCACCAAGUGCCACAUAAAGGUAUGGCCAGGAAGAAGAAGAGGAUAGCAGCACUCCCAGAGAUCUUUGUCCAGAUCAGCAGUGUGGAGAAGGGUGUCCGCCCCAGGGUUAUCCAGGGUGUAUGCAUCGUCGCUCGCAACCCAUCAUUGCAUGUAGGCGACAUUCGUGUUGUGCACGCCGUUGAUUGCGAGGCACUCAGACACUUGGUCGAUGUGGUCGUGUUCCCACAAACCGGUGAUCGCGAUGUCACGAGCAUGUGCUCUGGAGGUGAUCUUGAUGGUGAUGACUAUCUAGUCAUCUGGGACCAGGACCUGAUUCCUCAGGACUGGUCUGUGAAUCCUUUGAACUAUGUCAGCCGCCGGGCUCCAGAUCUGGACCGUGAUGUGACUAUCAACGAUAUUACUUCGUUUUAUGUCACGUACAUGAAGAAUGACAGCUUGCCACGAAUUGCUCACGCUCAUAUGGCACAUGGGGACAAGCUUGAAGACGGCGUAUCCGAACCGAAGUGCAUCCGCCUUGCGCAGUUGCACUCAGAUGCUGUGGAUUACAACAAGACAGGAAUCCCUGCUGUCAUGGAGAGGUCUCUCCAGCCACACACCUGGCCACAUUUCAUGGACAAAAAGAACAAGAAGACCUAUCAUUCCAGGAGAAUCCUGGGCAAACUGUAUGAUGCCGUCAAGACUGAGGAUUUCUCGCCGAAAUUGAGCAACCCCUUCGACGCCCGGAUUCUCGAAUGCAGCCUUAUGGAAGAAAGCAAGAGAUUUGAGCAUUUUGCCAGCGAGUUAAAGGUGAACUACGACACGUCAAUGCGGCGGAUCAUGGCACAGUAUGGUAUUCAAACCGAAUUUGAGGUCUGGUCAACAUUCGUUCUCAAGCACAAUUCCAUGUGUAGGGAUUAUAAACUGCACGAGGACCUGGGCAAGGUUGCGAAUGGCCUUCAAUCAAGCAUCCAAGACCAGUGCUACAAGCAUCUCGGAGGCAAGCGAGACUUUGGGCAUGUUGCGCCUUUGGCAGUCGCCAUGUAUCGCAUCACUCAUCAAGAAGUCCAGGAUACACUUGCCAUUCUGCAAGGUGAAAGUGCUUAUGAUGACCAAGAUGAAAUCGAGGGGCUGCCUGACGAGCGUGAAAUUGAGAUCAGCAGACUCCCUCUCAUCAGUUUCCCCUGGGUUUUCUACAGAGUCCUCUCUAAAAUUGUCACCACCCCCGUCGAUGAGUUGCAGAAUGCGGUGGCUGAAGCUCAAGCCUUCGAUGCCAAAAAGGGCUCGUCCAAAAUCUUCACACACGCCGAGGUCGUGGAGAUGGUUGGCCGAGAUGGAAAGUCUGAGCUGACGGCCAAGCACAGGACAAAUGAAGCUGGUACAGGACUACCAUCAGAGACAGGGGAAGAUCUUGGACGCCGUGAGCCAGGUUAUUUCGGUGAUCACGACCUCUAUGAGAGAGAUCUCUACCAAGAGACAUCAAGAGGUGGUUCUUCGGUCCACAGAGAAGAACAGAAACCGGAUGAAGACAUGGACCGAGAUUUCGUGACCGCGAAGGAUGGCAAAGCCUCCACCAUCGACAAAUACCCCGUGCUGCCCAAUCUGCAUCCAGAGGAUAUCAAGGAAGAUGUUGAGGGGGCUACCAAGGAAGCUACCGAUGAGGAUGACGAUGGGCAUGAUGGAGACCUCCACAUCGUUGAGAAAGAAGGCGAUGUGAAGCCUUCUGCAAUUGACGAGUUGAUUGCAUUGAUAGGGAACGAUUACGAUGCUGACGAUGAAGACGACUGGUGA